AUUUUAUUGCUAUAUAAUCAAAACCACAGGGAUCCAGUGCACACAGCUGGAACCCAUCUCCAGGAACAAAGAGCUGGAAACCAUCUUCAGUUGGAGGGACUCUUCCAGAUUUUUGCACCUCCAAGGGAGUGAUGGCUCUCCAGAAGACCCUUUCAUUGCUUCUGCUCUCGCUGCUGACCCUGCUGGGGCUGGGGCUGGCGCAGCCCUCCCAUCAACAUUUUAAGUAUGAACGAUUCAAGGAGCAACAUGUGGACUCUAUAGGGCCAGGUGGCACCAACUUGUACUGCAACACUGAGAUGCAAAGACGGGGGAUGACUUUGAGUGGUUGCAAGCAAUUAAACACCUUCAUCCAUGCAGGCAUCAGUACCAUUAAUAACAUCUGCAACGCCCCCAAUAUCCAGUGCAAGAAUGGCAUGAUGAACUGCCAUGCAGGUUCAGUGAGCGUCACAGACUGCACAUAUACAGGAGGUUCCGCGCCCUACAACUGCAGAUAUCAGGCCACUCCCAGCACUAGGCCUGUUGUCAUCGCCUGUCAGGUUAUGCCCAUGCCUGUGCACUUUGACAGAUAGAUGCUACCCUACAGGGGUUAUGGCCCCAUGGUUGACCUUUUACUUGUUCCUUGAAUAGCAAUGAGUAAUGCAUUUGAGCUAUUUCAGGCUCUGCCUCCUCUGCUUAUUACUCCCUGUUCUCUAUAUAAUCCAUUCUGUUAAAUGCAUCAAAGAGAAAUGGAGACACAACCAUAUAAUGGGACUGGGCUUUUCUGUAAUAAAAAUUUCUACAAACUCUUCUGUUUCCUUUUAUAAUACUAGUCAGCUUAGCUCUCUCAGAUCCUAUCUUCUGGAAUUUAGUUACUAUGUAUUUGAUAUAGCAUUACAAGUAUUUUAAGGUGCUUCCAUCUCAGUUAUCUAAUUUUAAUACCACCGCACCCCUGCGAUGCUGAUGUUGCUACAUAUAGGGCCCAAAGUUAAAGGAUUUGCUGAAGAUCAUGAAGUUAGUGGAAAUGCUGAAGCAACAAAUCCACUUCAACUGGCUACUAAUCUGGGACUUUUUCUACUUCAUCAUAAGGAGUGUUUUGAGAGUAUCAUCUUUUUAAUAUCCUCAAAAGUCAGCAGUUGGGGGAAGCAUUACAAAUUUGAAAGUAUAAACUGGCAAAAUGAGACUUCAUUUUGUACAAUUAUCUGUAUAAUUGGCAACCUUGUUAUGUUUGGAUCUAAUAAGACUAAGACAUGAUACAAAGAACUUUAUUUUUCUCUUCCCAAACUUUUGAAUCAUUGUAGUAAGUUAAAGUAUUAACAAUGUACUAGAUCAUUAAGACUCAUUCACUCUUUCUGAUUUAAAAGAUUUUUCAUGUAUUCCUUUUAAUAAAGAAUUCAAACUGCAGAUAUCUGUGAA